GUAAGGGAGGCGUCAACAUCCUGAUUACCUUAGGUAGGAACUGUAGACUGGAGUAACUUAAACAUUGUCAACAAUUUGGGAAUCCACUUCAAAUAUGGCGUCUCUUCAGGAAUUUGUCCUUUUACUGACAAUUAGUGUAAUUACUGCCGCCGUCUACGGGAAUACCAGCUGUGUUUCGACGCCGAAAUGUUCAUGUGACUUCUCAGAUGAGAAAGAUGUCGGUACGACCAAGUCUGAAAUGUUAGCUGGAGCAGUGGGGGCAAUGGGUCCUCUUUUGGCUGCAGGGGCUGGAUUUGGGAUUUACAAAUUCAUACAGAGUCGUACGGGAUCAUCCAAAUUUGGAUUUGAGCGGGCACCUUCCGAUGUGACCGACGACUCUUACCAGGAAGGAAAACAGAAGAAAGCCUCGCGCGGAAGGCGGAACAGUACGACGCCUCUCCGAACCGACACGAACGACCCGAACCUCAGUCGGAGAGGGUCGAACGCUACGAUUCUAUCCGUCACGGAUUACGAUGAUUGGGACGUCGAUUCAGAUAGAGGCAUAUCGCCUAGAGAUCUGGAUGAUCCUAGGUCCUACAUGGGUUCUCCAUUGUCUUCCUCGGACGUGUCUGCUAGGAUAACUCCUAGCUACCAACCUACACUACCCUCUACAAUGAAGAAGGACAACCUCAACUCAUGGUUGGGAUAGCAACAUAGACGGCAGACUUAUAUGUACUAGUAUGGAAUAUGUAACGUGUACUGUGGACAACAUAACACAGGGGAAAUAAAUAAAUACAUUGUGCUGUCAAAGAAAUAAUUAAUGAUUAUUUGAUAAUAAUCUCCAAAAAUGUGGCGAGAGAGAAAUGAUCAAGGAAUUUAAUGCCAUAAAAUGCUUGUAAUAAAAACUGAUUGUGUUUGA